CCGUAAUGACAAGCGGGAACACUCCCUGUUUCCUAGAAAUGCAUUCAUUCAGCCUUGACACCUGUUGUCCAACGCACUGUGAUGUGUCUGUGAAUAAACUUUGAAGAAGUGAGAAUUUUAGUUAAUGAAUACUGUCGCUAAUUUCAUACACUAUUUUUAUUAAGGCAACGAAAGUUCCUGAAACUCAAGUAAAAAUGGCUCACUGUCCGCCCGGAAUCACUUGUCUCUCGGAACCAGAGUCGUCCGGAAACGACUCAUCAGAAUCUAUAUGUCACAAGAAAAUGGUCACUGUGAAGGACGCACGAUCUAGCAAACCUAAACGUACAAUGAAGAAAAGCAAACCUAUUCGAACCAACCUCAACUUAAACGAAGAGUUCCAGAAGUGCAGGAACGAAGGUUUGAAACGUCUGGAUCUAAGUAGAUCUAACAUCACGCAGUUGCCCUCCACAGUCAAAGACCUCUUGCAUUUGUCAGAAUUGUACUUAUACGGGAACAAAUUGACUCAUUUACCAGCGGAAGUCGGUUGCUUAAUGAACCUCCAAACAUUGGCUUUAAACGAAAAUUCCUUAACAAGUCUACCGGAUUCGCUAGUACAUUUGAAAACGCUUAAAGUACUGGAUUUGAGACACAACAAGCUUAAUAACAUACCCAAAGUUGUGUAUCAAAUUCCGUCUCUGACUACCUUGUACUUGCGAUUUAAUCGCAUUAGAUACAUAGAUGACGAUAUUAGAUUUUUGACUUCACUUAUCAUGCUGAGUUUGCGCGAAAACAAAAUCAGAGAAUUACCAGCCGGUAUUGGCAGGUUAGUUAAUCUUGUCACGUUUGAUGUGUCUCACAAUCAUCUUGAACAUUUGCCGCAAGAAAUCGGUCUGUGUGUAAAUCUUUCUACCUUGGAUUUACAGCACAAUGAACUGUUAGAUAUACCUUCCUCUGUUGGGAAACUGCGGCAGCUGAAUCGUCUCGGUUUGAGAUAUAAUCGGCUGACGUCCAUUCCUUCCACUUUGCGCGACUGUAAACUUUUGGAUGAAUUUAACAUUGAAGGGAAUUCGGUGUCCCAGCUACCUGAAGGUAUGCUUUCGAAGCUUACAGCGUUAACAAGCGUUACUCUGUCAAGGAACAACUUCCUAGCUUUUCCUUCCAGAGAUCCGUUCCAGUUUGUCAACGUGGAUUCGAUUAAUUUUGAAAACAAUAAAAUCGAUAAAAUACCUUACGGGAUUUUCUCUCGAGCUAAAUAUCUGUCUAAAUUUAGUAUAAAAGAUAACUAUCUCACAGCAUUACCUUUAGAUGUUGGUUCCUGGACUACCAUGGUGGAACUAAAUUUAAGUACAAAUCAUAUACAAAAAGUACCUGAUGCUAUUCAGUCACUCAAAUCGCUGGAAGUUCUAAUAUUAUCAAACAACGUUUUAAAAAGCAUUCCUUCAAGUAUUGGAUAUCUUACAAAAUUGAGAAUUUUAGACUUGGAAGAAAACCAAUUACUAGAACUGCCGAGUGAAAUAGGGUAUCUGCGAGAUCUUCAAAGACUGAUGUUACAAAGUAACCAACUGAUUUCCCUGCCUAGAGCCAUAGGUCAUUUAACUAAUUUGGUUUAUCUUAGUGUUGGAGAAAAUGCUUUAUGUUCGUUACCCGAAGAAAUUGCGACUCUAGAUAGUUUAGAAACUUUGUAUCUUAACGACAAUUCGUUGCUACAUCAGUUACCAUACGAACUAGUACUGUGCUCAAAUUUACAAAUAAUGAAUAUCGAGAACUGUCCCUUGUCUAGAAUCCCCAGCGAAAUUGUAGCAGGAGGACCAUCCCUUGUGAUACAGUAUUUGAGAACGCAAGGGCCUUAUUGGAACGCCUAAUUAAGUUUAAUUAAUGUGAAUUAGGGAAGUUUAAAUAGCUUCUAGUUUUAAUACAAUAAUAAGUAAAAUUAUUUUUUUAAUUUUAGAGUUAUAUAUUAUAAAAAGAAAAUGGUAGCAGUUUUUAUAUCGCUGUUGAGUCAACAAUUAUAAUGUGUGAUAAAUUUUUUGUUUCCUCUAAGAUUUCUCAAGAGGUUUAAUUUUUAUAAUUUAUUAUUUGAACAAAAACGUUCGUUUUAGCUAAAAUUAAAAAAAUUCGAAUAAUAACAACAGAGAUUAUCACAAAACGAUGGACGGGACAGUUUUUCAAAAUUGGGUUAAUCUACUUAUUCUUGCUUUGAACAAGUUGCAACAAGAAUAUCUCGUGGUAAUGGACAAUGCACACAAAUUUUUACAAAUGUAAUGCACCUAGCAUCAGUUUUCCACCAGUAUGUCUUCCAUUAACGAUUAGUUACUAGUAUUAUUAGUAUUACAUUCG